AUGUUCUCCGACGAGGCCCUUUUCCGGCACUGCCUCCUCUCCCUCUUCCUCAUCACGCCCCCCACCGUCGUCUCCCUCCUCUUCCUCUCUGCCCCCUACGGCCGCCACCGCCGCUCCGGAUGGGGCCCCACCCUCCCCCCGCCGCUCGCCUGGCUCCUCAUGGAGAGCCCCACCGUCUGGCUCACCCUUCUCCUCUUCCCCCACGGCCGGAACCGCCGCGACGCCCGCGCCCUCGCCCUCAUCUCCCCCUUCCUCCUCCACUACCUCCACCGCACCCUCGUCUACCCCCUCCGCCUCCACCUCCAGGCCCGCCGCCGCCGCGGCCGCGGAUCCGGGUUCCCGGCCAGCGUCGCGGCGAUGGCGUUCGUGUUCAACCUGCUGAACGCCUACCUGCAGGCGAGGUGGGUGUCGGAGUACGCCGAUCUCGACGGAGACCGGUGGUUCUGGUGGAGGAUGGCCGCCGGCGGGGCGGUUUUCGUCGGCGGUGCGGCGGCGAACGUCUGGUCGGACGGCGUGUUGAUGGGGUUGAAGGAAAGUGGGGAUGGGUACAGGGUGCCCAGGGGUGGGCUUUUUGAGUGGGUCAGCUGCCCGAAUUAUUUGGGCGAGAUUGUAGAGUGGUUGGGCUGGGCCGUCAUGACGUGGUCGUGGGCUGGGCUUGGGUUCUUCGUGUACACCUGCGCAAACCUAGUGCCGCGGGCCGGGCAGAACCAUAGAUGGUAUUUGGAGAAGUUUGGGGAGGAUUAUCCUACCAAUAGGAAGGCUGUUAUUCCGUUUGUGUACUGA